UGCAGUACCUGAAAACAACCAUGGAGUGGAAAAUACUUCCCAUUUACUUGCUGCUGCUUUCUGUUUUUUUGAUUCAGCAAGUUUCAUCUCAAGAUUUAUCAAGCUGUGCAGGGAGAUGUGGGGAAGGGUAUUCUAGAGAUGCCACCUGCAACUGUGACUAUAACUGUCAACACUACAUGGAGUGCUGCCCUGAUUUCAAGAGAGUCUGCACCGUGGAGCUUUCCUGUAAAGGCCGCUGCUUUGAGUCCUUUGCGAGAGGAAGGGAGUGUGACUGUGACUCCCAGUGUGAGAAGUAUGGCAAGUGCUGCUCCGACUACGGCGAUUUCUGUGCAGAAGUGCAUAAUCCCACAUCACCUCCAUCUUCAAAGACUGCACCUCCGCCUCCAGGAGCACGUCAAAACAUCAAAUCAACAACCAAACGUUCACCCAAAUCACCAGACAAGAAGAAGACUAAGAAAGUUGUAGAAUCAGAGGAAAUAACAGAAGAUAACAAGAAAAAAACUCCUAAAAAGAAACCUACCCCAGAAACACCAGCUGAAGAUGAAGCUGGAAGUGGCCCGGAUAAUGGUGAUUUUAAGCUCACUCCAACUCCUGACAUUCCUACCACCCAACGCAAUAAAGUUACUACAUCUCCCAAGAUUACAACAGCAAAACCAAUAAACCCUAAGUCCACUCUUCCGCCUAAUUCUGAUACAUCUGAAGAGACAUCUUUGACAGCCAAUAAAGAAACAACAGCUAAAACUAAAGAGACUACUGUAACAAACAAACAGACUUCAACUAGUGCAAAAGAGACUACUUCGGCUAAAGAGACACAAAGUGCAGAGAAAACAUCUGCUAAAGAUGUAGCACCCACAUCUGAAGUGCCUGCUAAACCUGCCUCCAAAGCUGAAACUACAACCAAAGCCCCUGCUCUCACCACCCCCAAGGAGCCUGCACCUACCACCCCCAAGAAACCUGUAUCCACCACCCUCAAGGAGCAACCUCCCACUACCACCAAGGAGCCUGCACCCACCACCCCCAAGGAGCAACCUCCCACUACCACCAAGGAGCCUGCACCCACCACCCCCAAGGAGCAACCUCCCACUACCACCAAGGAGCCUGCACCUACCACCGCCAAGGAACAACCUCCCACCACCCCCAAGGAGUCUGCACCCACCACCCCCAAGAAGCCUGUACCCACUACCAAGGACCCUGAACCUCCCACUCCCAAGGAGUCUACACCCGUCACUCCCAAGGAACCAGCUCCCACCACCCCCAAGGAGCCUGCACCCACCACCAUCAAGGAGCCCACACCUACUACCCCCAAGAAGCCUAUAUCCAUCACCCCUAAAGACCCUGUACCUACCACCACCAAGGAACCCUCACCUACUACCCCCAAGGAGCCUGCACCUACCAUCCCCAAGGAACCUGCUCCUACCAUCCCCAAGGACCCUGCAUUUACCACCCCCAAGGAACCUGCUCCUACCACCCCCAAAGAGCCUGCACCUACCACCCCCAAGGAGCCCAUACCUACCACCCCCAAGGAUCCUGUUCCAGAUACCCCCAAGAAGCCCAUACCCACCACCCCCAAGGAACCUGCACCCACCACUCCCAAGGCACUGGCUCCUACCACCCCCAAGGAGCCUGCUCCAACUACUCCUGAGACACCUGCUCCAACCACCUCAGAGGCUUCUACUUCAACUACCACCAUGGAGCCUCCCACUACCCCCGAGAUCCCUCCUGAAUCAACUCCUGAGUUCUCCGCAGGACCGACACCAAAGCCUCCUGAAAACAGUCCCAAGAAUCCUGCUGUACCUACAACUAAGACUCCUGAAGUGACCAAACCCAAAAUGACUACAACAGCUCAAGACAAGACACCAGAAAAAGACAUACAUACUGUGCCCGAAAUUACAACAGCUGUACCUAAGAUUACAACAAAAGAGACAGAAACUACAAGAGAAGAAACAACUGAAUCCAAAACAAGUACAACCACACAGCUAACAUCUACCACAACUCAAGAUACCGCAUCAAUCAAAAUUACUACUCUUAAAGCAACAACUCUUGCACCCAAAGUAACUACUGCAACAAAAAAGACAACUACUACAACUGAGACUAUGAAAAAACCCGAAGAAACAGCUAAACCAAAAGAUACAACUACUAAUUCUAAAGCGACAACUCCUAAACCCCAAAAGCCAACUAAAGCACCCAAAAAGCCCACUUCUACCAAAAAACCGAGACCAACAGCUAGAGUGAGAAAACCAAAGACAACGCCAACUCCUCCAAAGAUGACUACAACAAUGCCUGAAUUGAACCCCACAUCUUUAGCAGAAAGCAGGCUCCAAACCGCCACCAGCCCUAACCAAGCUCCAAACUCAGAAAUAGUUGAAGUAUAUCCAGAGAAUGAAGAUGCAGAUGGUGCUGAAGGAGAAAAACUUCACCUGAUACCCAGGCCCCCGGUGUUAGUUCCUAUAGUUAUUCCGGGCAUUGAUUACUCAGUGAGAGGACCCAAUCAAGGCAUUGUCAUCAACCCUAUGCUUUCAGACGAGACCAAUUUAUGCAACGGCAAGCCAGUAGAUGGACUGACUACUUUGCGCAAUGGGACAUUAGUUGCAUUCCGAGGUCAUUAUUUCUGGAUGCUGAGUCCAUUCAGUCCCCCACCUCCAGCUCGCAGAAUUACUGAAGUUUGGGGUAUUCCUUCCCCCAUUGAUACUGUUUUUACUAGAUGCAACUGUGAAGGAAAAACUUUCUUCUUUAAGGAUUCUCAGUACUGGCGUUUCACCAAUGAUGUAAAAGAUGCAGGGUAUCCCAAGCAAAUUGUGAAAGGAUUUGGAGGACUAAAUGGGAAAAUAGUGGCAGCUCUUUCAAUAGCUAAAUACAAGAACAGGCCUGAAUCUGUGUAUUUUUUCAAGAGAGGGGGCAGCAUUCAGCAGUACACUUAUAAACAGGAACCUGUCAGUAAGUGCCCUGGAAGAAGGCCUGCUAUAAAUUAUCCAGUGUACGGAGAAACGACACAGGUUAGGAGACGUCGCUUUGAGCGGGCUAUAGGACCUUCUCAAAUACACACCAUCAGAAUUCACUAUUCACCAGUCAGAGUUCCUUAUCAAGACAAAGGUUUCCUUCAUAAUGAAGUUAAAGUGAGCACACUGUGGAGAGGAUUUCCAACUAUGGUUACCUCAGCUAUAUCAUUACCCAAUAUCAGAAAACCUGACGGCUACGACUAUUAUGCCUUUUCUAAGGAUCAAUACUAUGACAUCGAUGUGCCUAGCAGAACAGCACGAGCGAUUACUACUCGGUCUGGGCAGACCCUAUCCAAAGUCUGGUACAACUGUCCUUAAACUGAUGGGCAAAGGAAGAGUCAACUAAUUAAAAUGAAGAAAAUAAACUUUGACACUGAAAUACAUUUUAUUAAUAAAGAAUGUUGAGAUAAG